CUGUAAUAAUGCACUCUGUUGGAUUACAGAAUUGAGACACAUUCUCGGUUGACUGUAUACUCUACCAUGGGAAAUAACCUAUUUUACAACUGCAUUGCAAACGGUGUGUAGCAUAGUUUCUAGGACAACCAGUGAUAAUUAUCGUUUAAUGAAGCCGGUAGAUAUAUAGUUGUACUGCUUUUCCAGAUCAUUUAGAAUUGAGACACGUUCUCGGUUGACUGUAUAUAACUCUACCAUCGGAAAUAAACUAUAUCACAACUGCAUUGCAAACGGUGUGUAGAAUAUCUAGGACAACCAGUGAUAAUUGUUGUUUAAUGAGGCCGGUAGACAGUAGUACUGCUUUUCCAGAUCACUUACUACAGCCGAACAUGACAGAACACUCUCAACUUGGUAAAUCGACUGGUUGUGAUGAGAAGCGAGUGUUGCGGAGAUCCCAUAGCAACGUUGAGAUUGCUGACAUCAACAAGGUUCGUCGACGUCGGCGUAGGUCGUCCGACAUCCAGCGAGAGUUCGUACUCAUUAGAGAAGAACGACAGCUCGCUCUAGAACGAGACUCCCUCAAGGACACCCUGCUACAACUCACGGCAAAAGUUAAAAAACUAAAAGUUCAACUUGGGCGUCAGCAGCACCGCCCCCAACGCUCCGAAUUGGAGAUCCCACUUAAAGGGAGCAUCCUUGAGUGUGAUGACUGGACGGGGCUAAUGGACUCUCUGUCCCAUUUUUUCCUAGUGAGUCUGACAGUAUUAAUCCUUGUUUGGUUCACCGUCUGUUUGAGCAGAUUCGCUGCCAUUUUUAUCUUGCCGGAGCUCCAUCUAGAAUGUGGCAUCUUUCCGAUGACGACAGAGGGCGCUUUAGAUGUAAACCAGGGGAGGACAACAUUGUCAUGGCAACUAAUCACUGGACAGCAUCCCUGCCAGCCUGCCUAUUUGCAAUGCGAUGACCUCACUAGUUGAGUAUCUCCAUCAUGGUAUGGUUGCAUGGUUUACCAGAAAUAACCACACUAUAAUGAGAGAACGGGCAUUUCAAGUUUCCAAUAUUGAUGGUGGAUUGUUGUUAGCUACUUUAGCGUCUUUAAACGAGUUACAAGCAAUCUGUUGUGAUUCAGUUUGAACUGGAGCAUGGAAACAGUGCGUAGAACGAACGCAGCCAUGGUAUUUUAGUAGUACAAAGAAACGGCGGUUACUUCUUUCCAAGUUGACAUAAACACACCCAUCCUUACAAAUCAGGUUUGCCGAGCCAGGAGUUGCCGAAAAAUGGCGUGAAACCGUUAUGGUCAUAAAUACGGUACAGUAUGAAAUGAGAUUAUGCAUGACUUGGUUAUGUAACUAAACCUUGCUCAACAGAAUACAAUGUUCAGUGUACAACUGAUCUGCAGAAACAUUUAGGGCAAAGGGAUAUUUGUUUCCCCUUUUUAAAAUUCUAUUCAUAUUUUGUUCAUCUUGACUUGACCUUUCCCCUCCAAUCAACUCUGUUGAACUCGUCCAUACACAUCUGACAAUAGUAAAGCUUUGUACAUUCUGGAAACUAACACUCAUGCAUCACAGCCUGACUUUGUUUUCACUUUUAUUCAAUUAUAAAAAAUUGAGGUUUCACGGUACAGCCAUUGCAAAACUCAAUGAGAACGAAGUACUUGACAUGUAUGUACAUUCGGAAAUAACAACAAACAAAUUACUCAUUGCUACAACAAAAGGAUAGUUUUAAAAGGCUAAAAAAUACUUAAACAAUGUAAUUUUUAAAAGCUGU